AUGGACGGCGGCUCGCGCGCACGGCGUCUCUGGGAUGGAGCGCGCCGCCUGCCGCGCGGCGGUGUCAUCGCCGUGGCCGCUGGAUUCCUGCUUCACCUCUCGCUGGGCAUCAUGUACACAUACGGCAACCUCACCACCUACCUGACGUCCUACCUGCACGUCCGGCUCGGCCUGUCGGUGGACUACGGCGACACUAUGUGGAUCGGGGCCGUGCAGAGUAUCUGUCAGGGUCCGGGAGUUCUGCUGGGAAGUGUCUGCUGUCGCCGAUUCGGGCCUCGUCUGACGAUCCUUGCUGGAAGUGUGCUCUGCUCGGUCGGAAUGGCGCUCACAUGCCUAACCGUACAGACGUCGUUUGCCACCACGACGCUGUCGUAUGGCUUGAUGAGUGGGGUCGGUAUCGGCCUGGCUUACACAUCGCCACUGAUGGUUGGUUACCAGUGGUUCCCGCACAACCGCGGCGUGGUCAGCGGUGUGGUGGUCGGGGGUUACGGCCUCGGCAGUAUCAUCCUCACCUCAGUGCAGACCAGCUACCUGAACCCAGAGAACGUCUCGCCAGAGGACGACGGCUUCUUCCACGACGAUGCGCUGCUGGACCGUGUGCCGUCGUUGUUCCUGAUACAGGGUGCGAUUUGUGCUGCUCUGCAGUUGUGUGGAGUGCUGGGCGUGCGUCGUCCGCCACCAGGACAUGGUGAAAAACUGUCCGAGGAGACUGAAGUGAAAAGCGACGCACCGGGAGCUAAAGAUGCCGGCGAUAGCUUGCCAGAAAAGCUAGGCAUCGCGGAAGACCCCGAAGAAGACGAUCCCAAAGCAUGGAGGAAACAUCUACUAACCAUUCAAACCCUCCAACUCUUACUCGGCUUCGUAAUGAACGCUUACGGUAUGGGCACUGUGAACUCGUUCUGGAAGGCCUUUGGACAAACGUUCAUCAAGGACGACCACUUCCUGGCGAUGGUGGGCAUCGGCUCUUCUGUAUUCAACAUGCUCGGACGCAUGGUGUGGGGCCUCGUGUGUGACGCCUGGGGCUACAAGCCAACAAUGGUAGCCAUCACCGGUCUCCUGGGCGCCCUCCUCUUCACCUUCCCCUCAACCGACAAACGUCGCUGA